ACGAAGAAGAAUCUGUAGCACGGAGCUGACAGAGUGAAGCUAACAAUCAUCUCUGUGAAGAUUAAAAAUUAGUUAUCUAUUUUAACGAUUAUCCUACCGAUCAGUUAUUAUCUUACUCAUCAAUUAUUAUUAAGAAAAUAAAAUUCCCCUCGGUGUGAUUGAAAAGGAACCGGAAAUGGCAGAAAACUCAGAGCAAAAUGAGACGAAGCACGACAGCUCCUCCUCUCCAGGGAUGACGGACCAGGAGAAAGAACUGGCCGCCAGCGCCUACGAAGCCUUCUCUGCCGGUAAAUACGACGAGUCUCUGAAACAGCUGGACGCUCUGCAGGAGCUGAGCAAAGAGGACUAUAAGAUCGCCCUGAACAGAGCUGUGGUCGAGUUCUAUAAGAGCGGUCAGAGCACCACAGGGACCCUCAAACAGACUCUGCUGACCAUGAAGAACCAGGUCCACACGUCAGCGGAGGAUGUGGACGGGCUGGACGAUGUGGAGAACAGUCUGCUCUAUUAUAACCAGGCCAUCAUCUACUACCACAUGAGGCAGUACUCAGAGGCCAUCUCUAUAGGAGAGAGACUCUACCAGUUCCUGGAACCAUUUGAAGAGAAGUUUGCUCAGGCCGUGUGUUUCCUGCUGGUGGAUCUCUACCUGCUCACCUUCCAGCCAGAGAAAGCGCUCCACCUGCUCGCCGUGCUCGACAAACUGUCUGUGCAAGGAAGCAACAAGAACGGCAAAGGAGAGAACAAUUCAAACAAAGACGGAGCGAAUCAGAAGGCGGAGUUUACAGCCAUGAUCGAGGCAGCUAAAUCAAAGAUGCACCAGUACAAAGUCAGAGCAUACAUCCAGAUGAAAUCCUCCAAAGCCUGCAAGAGGGAGAUCAAGUCAGUCAUGAACACAGCGGGGAAUUCUGCUCCCUCGCUCUUCCUGAAGAGUAACUUUGAGUACCUAAGAGGAAACUACCGGAAGGCAGUGAAGCUUUUGAACAGCUCCAACAUCGCUGAGCAUCCAGGACCCAUAAAGACUGGUGAAUGUGUUCGAUGUAUGUUCUGGAACAAUCUGGGCUGCAUUCACUUUGCUAUGGGGAAACAUAACCUGGGCAUUUUCUACUUCAAGAAGGCGCUGCAAGAGAACGACCACACCUGUGCACAGCUGGGGGAUGGAGGCAACGGCCAGUCUAAGAAGUUCACAGGUAUCCCCAUGUGUGCGCUGCUAGCUAACAAGCGCUACGAGCUGCUCUAUAACUGUGGCAUCCAGCUGCUGCACAUCGGCCGGCCUCUGGCGGCGUUUGAGUGUCUGAUGGAGGCCGUGCAGGUUUAUCACUCCAACCCUCGACUGUGGCUGCGGCUCGCCGAGUGCUGCAUCUCUGCUAACAAGGGGGGCUCAGAGCAAGAGAGUAAAGGUUUACCGUGUAAAAAAGGAAUCGUUCAGUCCAUCGUUGGCCAGGGUUACCAUCGGAAGAUCGUCCUGGCAUCCCAGACGACUCAGAACACCAUCUACAGUGAGGGUCAGUCAGCAGCCAUCCCUGUAGCCAGCAUGGAGUUUGCAGCCAUCUGUCUGAGGAACGCUCUGCUGCUACUUCCUGAACACCAGACUCAGGAUGCUAAGACGGAGAACGGCUCCAAGAGCUCCAGCCAAUCAGGGAGCACCGAGAGCGGCAGUGAGAACAGCGACGCCUGCAGUGGUAAAGGUCAGGACGCAGACAAGUUCCUGUCUGCGGCACCGUCGUCUCCUCUCAGGAAACAGGAAGUAGAAAACCUCAGGUGCUCCAUUCUGGCGUGCAGUGCCUAUGUGGCGUUAGCGUUGGGAGAUAACCUGAUGGCUCUGAAUCACGCCGAGAAGCUGCUGCAUCAGAACAAAGUUUCAGGAUCUCUGAAGUUCCUCGGUCACCUGUACGCUGCUGAAGCCCUCAUCUCAUUGGACAGGAUCUCUGACGCCAUUGCACAUCUAAAUCCAGAAAACGUCAGCGACGUGUCGAUGGGAAUGCUAACGAGCGAGCUAGACCAAGGGUCGGACAAAGGAGACGAGCCCGUCGAGUCUCCAGGGAAGCAGACUCCUCUGUGUUAUCCCAGCAGUGUGACGUCGGCUCGCGCCAUGAUGCUCUUCAACCUGGGCAGCGCCUACUGUCUGAGGAGCGAGUACGACAAGGCCCGCAAAUGCUUACAUCAGGCUGCCUCAAUGGUGAACACUAAAGAGAUUCCACCUGAAGCCAUCCUGCUAGGAGUCUACUUAGAGCUACAGAACGGUAACACCCAGCUCGCCCUCCAGAUCAUAAAGAGGAACCAGCUGCUGCCGUCGGCCGUGCAGAGGGUCUCUCCAGACUCCAGGAAGAAAGUGGUCCAGCCUCUGCAGACGGUCCCACCCAUCCAGCUGCCACCCUCCUUCACACAGGUUCAGCGUAAAUAAACCUCCAGACCCGGACCCCACCCCUCCACACACUGGCCCCCCCCAGGAGUGAUGAUAUUUAUGAAGCUGCUUCUCUCGGCGUCAGCGGCCAUAUGAAAUGCUGAUUGGCUGCUGGAUGGCGAGCUGUGGCGGCAUCAUGGACUUUUUAUUUCCUCUGAGGAAUCUGUGAGACGUCUGUGUAUGAAAAUAAAUUUUAUUUACUGUAUCAGA